UUGCAGCACUCUUUGGCAGAGAUGGCUAAAGACCUUUAUAAACUACAACAACUCCUAUGACUUCACGCCUUUGAGUUGGGAUACUGUCAAAGCUGCAUCUGUUCUCCAGGGAGAGAGCUGAAGGAAGCGGGCUUUCCAGGGAGCUGCGACAACAACAGGGAAAGGCCAGCGGUGGCAGCUCCCAGUACCAGGAGGAACCCAGCUAACAGCUUCAUGGCGGAGCAGCAUCGAAGGAAGGGCCAUGGGGAGGUACAAGAGGCAGGCGAGGCGGAACUCAAAGCAGCGUGGCCUAGCGGCACAGAAAGAGCAGGCACUUCUGGUGCUCCAAGCCACGGCCCACCCCUCCCGUCAGUCUUACAGGGCACAGAGACCCAGGAACCAGGACUUCCUGAAUGGAACACCCUCAGCUGGGGCUUCAACGUAUUGGGACUUCAAUUCCCUGAAUUCAAUUGCACUGGUUUCAGGGAAAUGAUGUCCAAAAAAUAACAGGAGAUGACUCAAAGGUUGAAUGCCACAUACAGAAUUUAUUUAUUUAUUUGUUUAUUUAUAUUCUGCUUUAUCUCUUCCUCUGAGCCCUUCCACACAGCCAUAUAACCCGACAUAGCAAGGCAGAUAAUCCACAAUAUCUGCUUUGAACUGAGUUAUCUUAGUCCACACUGCCAUAUAUCCCAGUUCAAAGCAGAUAUUGUGGGUUUUUCAGUCUUUAUAUUCUGGGUUAUAUGGCUAUGUGGAAGGGCCCAGAGUCCACACUGCCAUAUAACCCAGUUCAAAGCAGACAAUGUGGGAUUUUAUUCAGCUGUGUGGAAGGGGCCUCAAAGCAGCCCACAAUCAAAAACAUUACAACUUAAAAUCUUCUUAUAUAAAUACAAUUGCAACUGUUUCUUUGUUCAAAAUCUCACAAAAUUCUUCACCAAUCACUUUGAAAAUUUGACACAAUGUGGCAUUCAAAAAGGCGCAUGUUCUCAUGUUUUUACAUACCUACUAUUAUAUAGCUGUCACACCUGUGACGGAUAAAAAUAUGUUUUUUUAGGAAAAACAACAGCAUCUCCUGGACAUCAAAGCAACACAUGCUAUACUACAUAAUUUAUGCUCAGGGCUAAUCUUUAGAAUUCUGCGGUCCAGAAUUCACACGGAUUGCUUCUCACAUGGACAAUUAUAUGUUGCGUGUUCUAGAGUCACUAAACGAGAUAUUCUUUAUAUCUGCACAGACAAUGGAGCAACAAAAAUAUUGUAUACCCACAAGCAUUAUGAAAUUACAUAUACAGUAGAGUCUCGCUUAUCCAAGCCUCACUUAUCCAAGCUUCUGGAUUAUCCAAGCCAUUUUUGUAGUCAAUGUUUUCAAUAUUUCGUGAUAUUUUGGUGCUAAAUUCGUAAAUACAGUAAUUACAACAUAACAUUACUGCGUAUUGAACUACUUUUUCUGUCCAAUUUGUUGUGUAACAUCAUGUUUUGGUGCUUAAUUUGUAAAAUCAUAACCUAAUUUGAUGUUUAAUAGGCUUUUCCUUAAUCCCUCCUUAUUAUCCAAGAUAUUCGCUUAUCCAAGCUUCUGCCGGCCCGUUUAGCUUGGAUAAGUGAGACUCUACUGUAUUAGGAACCAGCUUUUUCUCUUUUCUUUCUUUUCCAUUUAACCAGCCUGGGCCACAGCAACGUGUGGUCAGGUACAGCUAGUUUUUUUUAAUAUUUCAGUUGUCCAAUAAAGGUAUAGUGCAAGCAUGACCUGAAUUAUCCUCGACUCAAAAAGGCAGUAGCUAUUGGCUGGAGAGUGCUCUCUCCCUCCCUUUCUGACAUACAGCAUGGCACAGCACUGACUCCCUAAAGCACUGAUGCAUUCUGGGACACAUAUAUGGAACUUUCUCUUGGUUGUGUUGAACUAACCCGUUCCUCGGCCUUCUUUAUAUGCAAAUGACUGUGGUCUGUCCAGUGAUGUCAUGGAUUAGAAGCUGUGGAAUGGCAACUGUGACAGCAACCACACAAACAGAAUCUGCACAUCUCUUAGUGAUUAUUUUCUGUUUAACAGCAGGAAAAAACUUUUAAACAUAAGUUUGCCUUCCCAAACCACAAGGAAAAUCACCUUGCUCACUGUGUGCUGCAGUAAUGAAUUCCCAUAAGUUUGUUGCAUGGCAAAAUGUACCACCUCUUGUUCCCCCAAAAGAUGAGGCCAAAUCUUCAUCCUCCUCACAUUCAAGAAGUGGAAGUGAAGGUGAACCAGAAAUUGAAACUGAGGCCAAAUCCAAAUACACAGUCCCGAAACCUGAAAUCAUAGUGUCUUCAGGAAUUGACGUGCCUCCCGCUGUGAAAAAUGUGUUGGAGAAACUAGACGUAUUACAGUUGGAAAGAGCAAAGAAGGAGGUGUCUAAGAAACUCAAUCGCAUUGUGGACAAUGUGAACCGGACCUAUGAAUACUACAAAAAAGAUGAUAACACUGACCCUGAGAUGGAAAAAGAGUACCAACUGUCCCAAUCGUGGGAAGAGAGAAGCCGGCGAUCUCAUUUUCUAAAUAAAGUUUCUAAUGUGCUUGAAGAUAGCCAAUUAAAAAUACAAGACUUACAAAUGGUGCUGGAGUCGUUUAAAAACUGGUAUGAUAUGCUGAAAAAAAUUGAAUUGAAAGAAAGGGAAGUUCCCACUUACAGCAUGAUUGAUGAAAUGGAAAGCCACCUCCUGAAAUCUGUUAAGUUAAUUGAAGUAAAUGUUCAGCGUUUGAUGAAGAUAUUCCACCCUCUUUUUGAUGAGAAAAUUAAACCAAGACGGAGGUCAGCUCCACGACCUGGACUGUUCAAAGUGUGGCGAGAUAAAGUGCAAGAAAAACCCCAUGAAGGUGAGCCCUUGACCCCAGAGCAGAUGCUGGAAGAUGAAGCCCAAGUUACUGCCCGUAAUCAUGAUGUGAACAACAUGAUGCAGGAAAUGAUAGAUUCUACAAUAUUCAACAAAACAGAAGUUGUUGGUAUUAAGUACAUUGCAGCCAUGGUGGGAAGCCUUGCAAAGGCCUUUACCCUUCUUCAUAAGCAAUGCCGAGGCCUGAAACACAAAUAUGAAAGCCUCGCAAUUCUAGAAACCCGGAAGCAUGACCCUCAGAUUGCAAGCCUGCAGAGAGAACUGCGAGCAGCCCAAGAAAAAGAAGCAGCAUUGGAAAUGCAAAUCCAGAAUAUUGAGGAAAGAUGCAAGGUCCUCGUCAUCACAAAUGAAACGCUGCAACAGGAGCUGCAGGGCGCCAAUGAAAGAGCAAUGGUGGCAAGUAAAAUCACUUUCACCAGAGCUGCUCCUCCUAAGCCUCCUUCAGAUUCAGAAAAAGCAGUUGGAAAGUCUCAACCAGAUGGUGAAAAAGAAGCGAAGUCUAAAGUAGGAGGGAAGUCUCAGCCAGGUGCUCAAAAAGUGGAUGGGAAAUUAGCUACAAAAGUCCUGGGUGACGUUUCUGAAAAGAUGCGAAGUGUAUCAUUUGAAGAAAAAGACGUUCCUGUCAAGACACUGGAGGCAGAAAGUGGAACCCCUGAGAAAUUGCAUGUGGUGAUUGGCCAGGCAAAACAGAGAGAGCCUCGUCUCCCGCUUGAAACAUUUCUUCCCCCUGUUGAGGCAACACUUACACCUCUUGAAACAAGACCUCAAGAUCGCAGUAUUUCACCUGAUAGGACAACUGUAGAGACAGGAGUGCUUCAAAUGCUACCAGAGGCAGAAACAGCUCAAGCGUUGCCAGAAGCAGAAGCAGCUCAAGCGUUGCCAGAAGCAGAAGCAGCUCAAGCGUUGCCAGAGGCAGAGGCACCAAUAGCUGAAACAUCCCCUGACAAACUGCUGUCCUCAGAGGAGCCACCACAGAGGGACUCAGAAGAAACAGCUUUUACUAUUACUACCAGUAUGGAGGAUGAGCAACCUCUUGAAAAAGAAGCAUAUCCCAAAGAAAAGCAACACAUUCCCACUGGCAAACAGAAAGGGGCUAGGCAGGCCGCUAAGAUAGGUCAAUGGAAAAAAUUGCAAGGCUCCCUCUUAAAGAAACCCACAAAAUCUCAAGAACGUCUAAAAGUAUUAGCACCAGCACCAUUGGAACCAACUGAAGAAAGCACUGCUGCCUCCAUACAUGAUACAGUGUCUGUCAGGAAGCCAUCAUCCAAACCAUUAGAAACUGGUGGUGCUCAUAUACCUGAUAUUGAAGAGGAGUUAAUUAAGGGCAGUUCUCCUGAAGAAGAACGACCAGCAUCAUCUAAACAAUCUGAAGGAGAGGUGUCACCUGAACUUUUAGAAGAUGAGCAUGUGCCUAGAGCUGAGACAGAAGAUGAGACAAUCAAGAGAAGUUCAGCUGAGCCCCUAAAAGAUUCUGCUGAAGUGGUACCUGCAGAACCAUCAAAACUGUCUGAAGGAGAGGUGUCACCCACACCUUUAGAAGAUGAGCAUGUUCCUAGAUAUGAGACAGAAGAUGAGUCAAUCAGGAGACGCUCACCUGAACUGGAGUCCCCAGAAUUGCCCAAAAUGCCAGCAGGAGCCCAAGUUCGCAUCACUUCUCCUGAGGGGGCACGUGGAAAACGGAGAGCAUCAUUGAAAAGCAGUGCGGGAAAAGUAGUUACCACUGUAAAAGUUAAAAAGCUUUUCAAAACCAUGGGGGAGGCCAUGGCUCAGAAGCCUGCAGUAGCUCCAGAUGUCCCAGAGAAAGUGGGCAUAGAUUCCUUAGACAGUCCAAAACGAGCUUCAAGUGAAAGAGAUGAGGAUUUGGCUGUUGAAAUACAAGAAGCUGGUCAGAUACAGGCACCAAAACGGUUGCUGGGCAAGACAAAGGAAGCCAGAGAAAAGAAAGACGCGAAACGGACUGGUAGAACACCAGCAGAUGCGCUACCACCAAAGCAGGAGGAGAAAGCAGAAAGGAUUAUCCACGGUUUAAGGACAAAAUUGCAAGAGGUUGCCAGGGAAAGAUGUGGUGUGAUUGAUGAAGAAACUAUUACAGAAAUCUUUGCAGAAGUAAGUGUAUCAGAUCGAGAUGUUUCUUCAGGAGACAGCUCUGGAAGCCAGCCCUCAGAAAAACACACCAAAGGCCCUGCUACAAGGAAGCCCUCAUUGCAAAUCCCUGUAGCUGAACAUACACCCAAGAAGCAAAAGAGAAGCAGUAGUUUUGAAGAACCACAUUCUGAGCAAGAUGCUGAUUCUGUACUGCAAGAAUUUCAAGCAGCUAUCUUUGCUAGCUUGGACGACAAGCUAGAGAAGUUAAAGAAAGGCUCCCUGGGCAGCCAGAAACGCUUUGUCAGAUUCGAGCCCACAGAUACUUUUGUUCAAAAUUUCUUAGAAGUGAUAGAAAAAAAACUAGAAGAAUGCUUCUUGGAAAAGCAGAAAACCCUAAGUGGCGAAGGCGGACUAAAGCCAGUGAGAAGCAUAUACAGUAAAGUAGAAUUGCCAGAGGAAGAAGAGCAGGAAAUUGAAAUUGUUACGCAAUCUUUUGACAGCCAUUCUGUGCUGGCCCCAAUCUCUCCAGCCGGUUCUUUUAGUACUCUUCAGACAGAAGGGGAGAAACCCAUAUCACCUAAAGACUCCUCAGAUGGAAAGACAUGGCACAAGCAGGAGGAGAAGGAGGAGGAGGAGGAGGAGAAGGAAGAGGAAAAAAAACAAGAAGAAGAAGAAGAAGAAAAAGAAGAAAAAAAAGAAGAAAAAGAAAAAGAAGAAGAAAGAGAAGAAGAAAGAGAAGAAGAAAAAGAAGAAGAAGAAGAAGAAGAAAAAGAGGGGGAACAACUGUGGAAAAGGCAAGAAGAGCCACAGAGUAAAAAAGGACCUAUCUUCCCACUCCUGCCCAAGGUGGAUGAAGAAGAGGAGAAUGAUUUAGAGGAGAUUGCAUCUCUCGAGGAAGAAGACCAGUUGCCUAAAGAAGGUGAUGUGCAGCACCAGGAAUCAUGGCAGGAAAGGAUGAAACGGUCUUCUGAGGAAUUGCAGAAGCAUACCUGGAAGGAGAAGGGGCUAGAGCAGAAAGAGACCAAGUCAGACACGGGAAAGAAGGGCUCUAAGAAGCUGGAUGAAUACAAGGAAGACUGGUACAUUCAGUUGCAGGAGAUGUUGCAGGGAGAGAAGGCAUGUCUGCAAGAGGAGCAAGACCGGCUACAGGAGGAGCGCCAUCGGCUGGAAGAGGAGGCAAAAUAUUUGGAGCAUUGGCAGGAGGUGUUUGAACAGCAGCGGAAACAAUGGGAGGAGCAGGAGGAGCAGCGCAAGGAGCAGGAGUGCUUGUGGCAAGUGCAGCUCCAGCACUGGGAACAAAUGCAAAAGGAGACCAAGGAGCAGGAACAGCACUGGCUAAAGCAGCAGGAGCGUCAGAAGGAGCAGCAGGUGCUCAUGCAGGAGGAACUGGAGCGGUUGAAGCAAGAGUAUGUGGAAUACCUGAAGCUGAGGGGGAAGCAAGCAGAAGAAGCGUGGCAGUGGAAUCAGCUGAAGACUUGGCAUGAGCAGCAGCAGCAAGCCUGGCAAGAAGAGGAUGAAGAACAGGAAAGGAAGCGAGCCCAGUGGCAGAUGCAGCUAGCAAGCCACAUGCAACAUAUUGAGGCCUUACAACAAGAGCGGGAAGCAAAGGAGCAGGAGAUCAAGAAGUGGCAGCAGGAGCAGAAGGAGAAGCAGGAAAAGCUGGAGCACAUUUGGGAAAAGCGCUGGGAGCAGCAGCUGCAGAGCUGGCACCGUCAGAUGUAUAAACAGCGGACCCGGCAACUGAAAUGGCAACAGCAGAGCAGCAGCUUGACAAAGAGACAGCAAGAGAUGCAGAGGUUAAAGUCCCUGCCUCCGAAGCUGAAGGUUGUGGAGGGCUCUGUUGUGGAUCAGAUUCCCAAGCCGCAAAAAGUUUCUCCCACCCUCAAAGAGAGACUUCUUUCUACUACCCCGCAGAUCACCCCCAUUCCAAGCAAGGAAUUUGCAGAAGAUGCCUGGGAGCUAGAGACUACUUGGUUUCCUAAGCUAUUUUCCAAAGCAGAGACGUUUCCUGCACCUAGUGUCACGGAGAAGCGAUACUGGAUAAAUGUAGAGGAUCAGAGGAAAAACCUGGAAGUGUUGAAGCAAGCUGCCCAGAAGGCUGGAAUUUCAACAGAUCUGUACAACAAAGCCAAAGCAAUAAUCCAACAAGUAUUGCACAGUGAUGUCGAGCGGCUGGGUUUGCUUUUCAGGAAAUACGAGUUUUUCAUCCAUCUCCAGGAAGUCAGGCAAAGAUUAACUAAUCAGCUGGAUACUGCCAAAGAAGCUCAAGAUGGGGCUAAAAUGCAAAAUAUGUACAAGAUGGUAGAGAAGGUGGAUGCCUACCAGAAAAAGGUUCUGGAGCGUUGGACAGUUAAGCAAGAUGCAGUAGAAAAGAAGCGCCGGCAGGGCCUGGAAAAGAUGAUUGUUUUGUUUUCGCAACUCCGCUCAAGUGCUAAACUGCAUCUCAAGGACCCAUGCCCACUGAUGGUCAAAGGAGAAGGUGCCCCAGGGAGGGAUACCCUGCACCUGCCCCGCCUUGGGUCUGUUGGCCUGAAGACCAGAGUCUACCGAAGCCCUUUGAUCAGUGUGAAGAAACCUCCAGAUUUCACAUUCUCAGCUGUAGUUGCCAGAGAACCAAGCAGUGAACAGAUAGAAUCAUUGUGGAAGACAGAUAUUACAGAACUGAGUAUGCCCAUCGGACCCAAAGAACCUGUGUCUUUAUUGUGGUCUGAAACCUGUGGCUUUCCAGAUAUACCUAGACUUUUGGAAUUAGACAUUUCUUCCAUUAGAACAAAACCCCUUGAAAAUGUAAAGACUCGGAUUCAGAAUAUUCCUCGAUGGCAACUAUCUGGAUAUAAUUUUAUGCAUCUGUAAAUUGGAUAAUAAAUAUGUAAAUUAAUUUAAUAGGUUCAUGUAUAUAAUUGAUUGGUAAUAUCAUUUUAAAUAAAGUUCAGAUGUA